GUACUCUCGUGCGACGCGGAAGACAGGGCUAUUCCUCUUGUUCACCCAUAUAGGACAAGACCGGCUCCGUUGCGUCGCUCUACCUAUUCUGACCUUCAUUCGUGUCGAGUGGGCUCAUGAUGAAUGAGACUGCGUGGCUAGGAGUAACGGGCUUCGCCCUAUUCGGCCUGUCGAAACUAUACAGAUUGGGCGUGGUCAAAUCAACAAUCAAGACCCUACCGAGCCUGCCAGGAGCGACGUUGUUCUACGGCAAUACGCAGCAGCUUUGGGGCUUCGAGGGAGGGAAGGUGCACGAAGAGAUUGGAAACAUCGGCUCAGUUGUCAAAGUCUACGGCCUGGCCGGAGACGAACACCUGUAUGUUUCCGAUCCUCGUGCAUUGCAUCACAUCCUCGUUAAGGACCAAGAUGGAUUCGAGGAGAGUAUGGGUCUCACCGAGGCGACUAAGCUGUUCUGGGGAAAGGGGCUGAUUGGGAGCGUCGGCGACGACCAUAAGAAGCAGCGGAAGAUGCUCAACCCGGUCUUUUCGACCGCCAACCUUCGGGAGAUCAAGCCCGUCUUCUCCCAAGUGACAAAGCAGCUACGCGAGGGAAUCGCAGGGGCUGUGCGUAAAGGCGACGGUGUUGUCAAUAUUUUGGACUGGUUGUCCCGUGCGGCGCUCGAGUACAUCGGGAUCGGAGGAUUGGGCUACUCCUUUGGAGCGCUCGGCGAAAACCCGAACACCGUUUACGGCCAUGCCGCCGAAAACUUGCUGCCUACGGCAGCCCCAUACUUCCCCUUUCUACCGAUUUUGCCAAUGGUGACGACCUUGCUUUCCGCUAAGACCAGGAGACGCAUCGUGGAAUUGCUGCCCCCUGUCGGAGUGAUCAAAGAGCUAAAAUGGGUCAUUGAUACCAUGGCCCAGACCGCGAAGGAUAUCUAUAUGGCCAAGAAGCGUGCGCUUGAAGACGGCGAAGGCGAUAUGAAAGACACGUUGACGAACGGAAAGGACAUCCUCACCAUAUUGAUGCGGGCCAAUAUGCAAGUAUCCGAGGCUGAUCGGAUGCCGGAGCAUGAAGUCCUUGGUCAAAUGACAACUCUCAUAUUUGCUGCAUACGAUACGACAUCGUCGUCCUUGUCGCGCAUCUUAUAUCUACUCUCCAAGAACCAGACCGUGCAGGACGAACUUCGUGCCGAGGUCUUGGAGGUGCACGAACAUCACGGCGACGCGGACCCAUCAUACGAUCAGCUGAUGUCGUUGCCGGUGCUGGACAGCGUCGUGCGCGAAACGCUCCGUUUGCACUCCCCGGCCCCGUUCAUGACCAGAGUCGCGAAGAGGGACAACGUGCUGCCUCUUGCCAUGCCCAUGCCUGGCACGGACGGCAACGCGAUUCGUGAGGUGCCCAUACGUAAAGGUCAAGGCCUCUAUAUCGGUAUCGCGAGCAUCAACCGAAGUCGUGCCAUAUACGGCCCGGACGCUGAAGAAUGGAAACCCGCACGAUGGCGUUCCCCACUUCCUUCGAGCGUUUCCGAGGCGAAGAUCCCCGGUGUAUACUCUAACCAACUCACGUUCCUCGGCGGAGGGCGCGCUUGCAUUGGGUUCACCUUCGCGGAGCUCGAGAUCAAGACGGUGCUCUAUAUGCUUCUCUGCAACUUCAAGUUCGAGCCCCGAGCCGAUACGAUAUCGUGGAAGUUGACGCCUGUCAUGAUCCCGUACAUCAAGGGUAGAGACGACGACCGUGGGCAGCUUCCGUUGAAGGUCAGCUUGCUUAAACAUUGACGUGUACAAUGAGCGAGGACAACACGUGAGAUGCCAGUCGUAUUGCUUUUGAUAUCGCUAUCUCUCAUCGCAUGUUGAAACCGUGUACAAUGAAUCUAUUACAACCAUUGCGUGCUCAGCGCAUGUUUUCAAC